CUUCCCAUUAAAAACUUCACCUUUUUCUCUCUUUCUCUCCAUCUUCCUUCUUCUUCGCCGAAACUUGGAGCUCAAUGGAGAGCGGGCUCAGCGGAGUAGGGAUUGAAAUUGGAGUAGGAGGAGGUGUAUCUCAGAGAAGACGAGGAGAUAAGAAGGAUUUGUUCCAUGUUAUCCAUAAAGUUCCCUCCAGUGACAGCCCUUAUGGCCGUGCUAAGCAUCUUCAGCUGGUGGAGAAGGACUCAGAUGCAUCAAUUGUAUGGUUUUGGAAGGCGAUAAAUGCCGGAGACCGGGUGGACAGUGCAUUGAAAGACAUGGCAGUGGUGAUGAAACAACAGGACAGGGCCGAAGAAGCCAUUGAGGCCAUCAAAUCCUUCAGACAUCUCUGCUCAAAACAAGCUCAAGAAUCCCUUGACAAUCUUCUCAUCGAUCUAUACAAGAAAUGUGGGAAUAUAGAAGAGCAAAUAGAGUUAUUGAAGCAGAAGCUUAGACUGAUAUACAUGGGAGAGGCCUUCAAUGGGAAGACCACCAAGACGGCUCGAUCUCAUGGAAAGAAAUUUCAAGUCUCCAUAAAACAAGAGACCUCCCGAAUCCUGGGUAACUUGGGAUGGGCUUACAUGCAACAGAACAACUACAAUGCUGCCGAGAUUGUAUACCGCAAGGCUCAAGCCAUUGAGCCUGAUGCAAACAAGGCCUGUAAUCUCGGUCUGUGCCUCAUCAAGCAAGGUCGAUAUGAUGAUGCCCGAUACAUUCUUGAUGAUGUAUUUAACCAAAGUUUCUUAGGAAACGACGACGGUAGAAGCGCACAACGGGCGCAGACAUUAAUUCAGGAGAUUGAAUCUCGAAAACUUCUUUCUGAGCUGAACUUGAACAUGAACAUGAACAUUAACAUCAAUGAGGAGUUCAUGAACAGACUAGACCUUGUGAUGAGUGAAUGGGCGCCAUUCAGGUCCAAGAGACUCCCAAUCUUUGAAGAGAUAUCUUCAUUCAGAGAUCAAAUGGCUUGUUAAUUAAUUCUUUCUGAUAAAAUUUUUGUGGAUGUUGUUGUUGUGGUAGUUGUGAAGGUUCUAAUUAUGUGCAAGUUCAUAUAAAGUACAAUCAAAAUGUGAACUAGUUUUAAGUGAGGUUGUUGUGCAUCUGUUGUGCACACAUAUACUAUGUAAGAUUGGAAAUUGUAUUAUGUGCUUUUUGGUUCCCUCUUUUGUGUAAUGACAAUAAAUUGAGGUUAAGUAA